AUGACUACAGUCACAAAGAAGGUUAUUCCUUUAAGAUGGAUCUCAAAUAUCAAAUUAUUACAACAUAGAUCUUUUCAUGUUGAUGCUAUUGCAUAUAAGACUGCAAAUAUCACUUCAAAACAAUUUGAAUCAAUAUAUAAUAGUGAUGCUAAGGAUCUUUCGAGAGAAUUAGAUGGAUUUUUAAAACGCCACAUUGGUCCAUCUCCAAAGGAUGUUAAUAAGAUGUUAAAAACUCUAAAUUAUGAUGAUCUUUCAAAUUUUAUUUCUUCUGUAAUUCCUGAAAAAAUUCUUGAAAAGAGAUCAUUAAAUUUAAAAGCACCAGAUCAAGGUUAUACAGAACAAGAAAUGUUAAAAGAAUUGAAAAAUUUAGCAAAUUUAAAUAAUUUUGAGGUUAAAAAUUUUAUUGGGAAAGGUUACUAUGGUACUAUUUUACCACCUGUUAUUCAAAGAAAUUUAUUAGAAAAUCCUCAAUGGUAUACUUCGUAUACUCCAUAUCAACCUGAAAUAUCUCAAGGAAGAUUAGAAUCGUUAUUAAAUUUUCAAACUAUUAUUACUGAAUUAACAGGCUUGCCAAUUGCUAAUGCAUCUUUAUUAGAUGAAGGUACAGCUGCAAGUGAAGCAAUGUUACUGUCUUUCAAUUUAUCAAAAGGUAAAAAAAAAACUUAUUUAAUUGAUUCAAAUAUCCAUAAACAAACAAAAGCUGUCCUUAGAACAAGAUCUAUUCCAACAAAUAUUGAAAUUAAAGAAAUAGAUCCUUAUAAUUUAGAUUCUAUAAAAGAAGAAUUAUCUACUAAUAAUGUAUCUGGUAUCUUAAUUCAAUAUCCUGCUACUGAUGGUUCAAUUGCAUCAAUGGAAAAUUUACAAAAUCUUUCAAAAUUGAUUCAUGAAAAGAAAGGUAUUGUAUCUGUUGCAUCUGAUUUAAUGGCUUUAACUUUAUUAAAACCACCAUCUGAAUUUAAUGCAGAUGUUGUAUUAGGAUCAUCUCAAAGAUUUGGUGUUCCGAUGGGGUUCGGUGGACCUCAUGCUGCUUUUUUCUCCGUUACAAAUAAACUGAGUAGAAAGAUUCCAGGUAGAAUUGUUGGUGUCAGUAAAGAUAGAUUAGGUAACCAAGCCUUCAGAUUAGCACUUCAAACAAGAGAACAACAUAUUAAACGUGACAAAGCUACUUCUAAUAUUUGUACUGCUCAAGCCUUGUUGGCUAAUAUUGCCGCUAUGUAUGUCGUCUAUCAUGGUCCAGAAGGGUUGAAAAAUAUAUCUCAAAGAAUUUUUGCUAUUACUUCUAUACUGGCUAAGUUUAUUAAUUCCGAUGGAUCAAGUUUUAAAACUUUAAACGAAAAUUGGUUUGAUACUUUAACAAUUAAAUUACCAGAUGGUAUUACCAGUGAUAAUUUAUUACAGAAUGCUCUAAAGAAAUAUAAUAUCAAUCUCUAUAAAGUUAAUGAUAAUGCUGUAUCAGUUGCAAUUGAUGAAACGACAACUCAGAAAGAUUUGGAAAAUUUAAUUAAAUUGUUUUCUAAUGAUUCACAAAUUAAUGUGACACAAUUGGUAGCGGAGAGCAAAUUUGAAGAGUUCCCAGUUGAUUUGAGACGUUCUGACAACUUUUUGGCCCAACCGGUUUUCAAUACUUAUCACAAUGAAACUGCUAUGUUAAGAUACAUGACACGUCUACAAAUGAGAGAUCUUUCCUUAGCUAAUUCUAUGAUUCCAUUAGGUUCAUGCACAAUGAAAUUAAAUGCUACUACUGAAAUGAUUCCAAUUACUUGGCCUCAAUUUGCAAAUAUCCAUCCAUUCCAACCAAAAUCUCAGGUACAAGGGUAUUAUGAAUUAACUAAAUCAUUAGAACAUGACCUAUGCGAAAUUACUGGAUUCGACGCUAUUUCCCUUCAACCAAAUUCUGGUGCUCAAGGUGAAUUCUCCGGUUUACGUGUCAUUACGACAUACUUAAAAGACCAAGGUCAAACUCAUAGAAAUAUUUGUUUAAUUCCAAUUUCUGCGCACGGUACAAACCCUGCAUCAGCUGCUAUGUGUGGUUUGAAAGUGGUACCAAUUGCUUGCUUGAAGAAUGGUUCUCUCGAUUUAGUAGAUUUGAAGGCUAAAGCAGAGCAGUAUAAGGAUAACCUAGCCGCUAUUAUGAUUACUUACCCAUCAACUUAUGGUCUAUAUGAACCAGGUGUCACAGAUGCAAUCAAUAUUGUUCACGAAAAUGGUGGUCAAGUCUAUUUGGAUGGUGCAAACAUGAAUGCCCAAUUAGGACUUACCUCUCCAGCUUUCCUUGGCGCUGAUGUCUGUCACCUAAAUCUACAUAAGACAUUUGCUAUUCCUCAUGGUGGUGGUGGUCCAGGUGUUGGUGCCAUUGGGGUUAAAUCCCAUUUACAACCAUACUUACCAGGUCAUGACAUAACGAAAAUUGAAGGUGCCGGUGAAAAAUCAAUUGAUGCUGUCUGUUCCUCUGCUUUUGGUAAUUCAUUGGUAUUACCAAUAUCCUUUGCAUUUAUCAAAAUGUUAGGUAACCAAGGUGUUCCUUUUGUGAGUUCCAUGGCUAUUUUAAAUGCUAAUUAUUUAGUUGAACGUUUGAAGGAACACUAUAAAAUCUUAUUUAUUAGUGAAGAGGAUAGAGUCUCCAAGCAUUGUGCUCAUGAGUUUAUUAUAGAUUUAAGAGAAUUUAAAGAUAAACACGUUGAGGCUAUAGAUAUCGCAAAGAGACUACAGGACUAUGGAUUCCAUGCUCCUACUUUGGCUUUCCCUGUUCCGGGUACUUUAAUGGUAGAACCAACCGAAUCUGAAGACUUGAAUGAAUUGAACAGAUUUGUUGAUGCAAUGAUAUCAAUCAGAGGUGAAAUUGAUGAUUUUGUUAAUGGUCAACCAAAGGGUAUGGUUUUGAAGAAUGCGCCACAUUCAUUGGAAGAUCUAUUAAUAUCAAAAGAUUGGGACACUCGUGGGUACACUCGUGAACAAGCCGCUUAUCCACUUCCUUUCCUGAAACAAAAUAAAUUCUGGCCUGUCGUUGCUAGAGUUGACGACAUGUAUGGUGAUAUGAAUUUAAUGUGCACAUGUCCUAGUGUUGAGGAUGUAGCAAGCUCUCAAAAGUAA